GCCACCGGAAGCACUGUACUGCAACGCGUCCUUGGAUACCACCGACGCGUUCUUCACUGCGGUCUGUCUCUGAUCUGACCAAAUAGUUCUGAGUGAAAAGAGGGGUAAACUGCCCCUUUAGCCGCUCUGCUACCAUUGUAUGCCCACACGAAGAAGACGAUGGUAGGAGUAUUGACAUGUUCGAAUGGGGUCGAGCUGGGUGACUUAAUUGUGCACCAUGAAUGACAGAUACCACAAGGCAGCCCGGGAUGGCUACCUGGACCUACUUAAAGAGGCAACUCGGAAGGAUCUCAACGCGCCGGAUGAGGAUGGCAUGACACCGACGUUAUGGGCAGCUUAUCACGGCAACCUGGAAGCUCUGCGACUAAUUGUGUCGAGGGGGGGAAACCCAGACAAGUGUGACAUAUGGGGAAACACGCCGCUCCACCUUGCAGCUGCCAAUGGUCACCUCAACUGCCUUUUCUUCCUGGUGUCUUUUGGUGCCAACAUAUGGUGCUUGGACAAUGACUACCACACACCUUUGGACAUGGCUGCCACAAAGAAUCACAUGGAUUGUGUCCGCUACCUGGAUUCCAUCGCUGCCAAGCAGACAAGCCUUAAUCCCAAGUUGGUCAGCAAACUGAAGGAUCGGGCGUUUCGUGAUGCUGAACAGCGAAUCAAAGAAUGCAUGAAGAUGCAGAAGAAGCACCACAAACGUAUGGAGAGAAAGUUUUACAAGGAAGUAUCUGAGACAUCUGCAUCAGAUGUCAUGAGUUUCUCCAGCUACACGAGCAGCUCUCUUAGCCACAAGCUGCUCAACUUAAACACAGCCACUGUCAGUGUGCCAUAUUCCCAGGCAACUCUCCAUGCCACAAGCCGAGGGAAGACAAAGAUCCAGAAGAAGCUGGAGAAGAAAAAACAAGGAGAUGGCACCUUUAAAAUCUACGAAGAUGGUAGGAAAAGUGUGCGCUCCCUCUCUGGACUUCAAUUGGGUAAUGAUGUCAUGUUUGUCAAACAAGGAACUUAUGUCAACCCAAAGGAUCGUGCCCGGCGCAAUGUUCGCGACAUGUUUCCCAGAGACAAUGACGAUGCCAUUUCACGUGCCAUGAGUGAGCCAGACCUCCAUGGACCAGAUGUGGACUAUUCUGAGAUCAGCACUGAUUCUGGGCACGAUUCCCUGUUCAACCGACCUGGUCUUGGCACCAUGGUCUUUAGGAGGAACUAUGUGAGUGGAGGAAUGUUUGACCUUGGAAGUCACGAUGCAGCCAGUGUGGCCCGUUCAGGCAAUAAUGUGCGUUUACGCAGUCGGUUGCAGCAAUACCCAAGUCUAGAUGAAGACAGCAUUGGCAGUGCACACAGCCUACAGGAGAGAAAUGUUGAAGAACUGCCUUGGGAAGAAGUUGAACUAGGGCUGGAUGAUGAUGAUGAGCCUGAUACAAGCCCUUUGGAGGUCUUCCUCGCCACCCAGAGCAUGAACGACUUUUUCUCCAUCUUCAAAAGGGAGAAGAUUGACCUUGCAGCACUGUUACUGUGCUCCGAUCAUGACCUUAAGAGUAUCCAUAUACCCUUAGGACCAAGGAAAAAGAUCUUAGAUGCCUGUAAGAGACGGCGAGAGACUUUAGUUGAGCCUGACUACAUCGAGGACACAGAAUUAUAAUAAAAGAUGUGGUCACCCAUCCUGCUGUGUGCUCAUCCGGCCUUAAAGGUUAGUGGAGCAUUGCAAAGUAAAUGUCACAUAUGGGCUGGAUGUUAAACCCAAAAGGACACUGUCAUGAUGAAUAUGUCAAGCAUGAGAUAAAUCCUUAACAGGAUUCCUUUACAGUGUCUUUUUAGCUCAGGAUGAUCACUGAAAAUAUCUCUGUUUGGUUGAUUGGAGUUCCCCGUGCUGCAUGGUUUCACAAACUGAAAGAUCCUUAUCUGAGUGUAGCACUGUGCACAUUGUAUGCCGUUUGGCACAGUUAACAGAGAGAUGAUUGUGGGGUCUGUGUCCCCUGAACCUUUUAACCCCCUCGGGGUGAACCUGGACCUCAUGUGCCUGCAUUGCUUGUGCCUGUGCAUUUGCUGAAAAGCACAUGUUGUUAGAAAUACACUAGUGUGAUUUCAGCUGUAACAGCAUUUUUAAUAACUAUUUGUAACUGAAGUAACAUUUCCUUGCAUUCUUAUAUUUUGUCUCUGUAUAUGUUUACAUAAAGAAAGCCACAUCAGGCCUAGAGUAGCCCACUGGUAAUGAAGGCCAAUCCUUUGUUGUUAUUACACUUGUGAUGUAAAAUCUAAUACCACAGUAUUUUUUUAAUAAGUGCAUACUACACUGUUACAUAUCACUGUCGAAUUAGACUAAAGCGGGAUCUUGAAAUUGUGUUUUUCGCAAUAAUUUUUACUCUGAGUGCUUUAUAUUAAUGUACCUUUGCUCAGUAGCACUUUAAUGUUUACUAUCUCAACUUUUGUAAACAAAUAUAGGUUGAUUUUACUCUUAUUAAAAAUGUUUUUAAUGAUGUAAUUUGUUUAAAGGGUGUGUGCAUGUACUAUUUCUUCUUGCUAUAUAACAUUUCAUCUGAACUCAGAGUGACACUGAUUGCAGAAAAAAUCUCAGUUACAUAAUGCAGAGCAUUAGCUCUAAUGAGGGAGAUUGAGUUCAUGUGUGAUGUCAUUUUUCUGGGAAUGCCCAUUCAUUAGUGAGAUAGCUUUGACUGAUCACUAAACAUCCUGCUUUAGUCAUCUCCUGUUUACAGUUUGCAUUUGAAGCUUCUUCUAAGACAAUUGUGUGUGUCUGUAUUUGAAAGACUGUUCAUUUAUGGUAUGAAUGUUAUUCGACCCCAAUAUGAACCAACUACCCAGUGUACAUUACAAGUUUGAGCUAAAAAACAUCCAAUAGUCACAUAUACUUUGUAUUCUCAGUGCGGCAAAGUACUAUAGAAGUGCUAAGAUCUGUAUGUGCUAGCAACUAGCCAUGAGAAGAACAUAAAUUCUCCAUGUUCUCCAUUAGUCCAGAACAUAGCACCUUGUUCUUGUAUCUACUUUUGUUGCAUCUGGACAAUGAGUAAACUGAACAAACUGACACAAUU